AUGCCUACAAAUCAGAAUGUUUCUCCAUCCCAGAGAGAUGAAGUGAGUCAGUGGCUGGCCAAACUCAAGUACCAAUUCAGCCUUUACCCAGAAACAUUUGCUCUGGCUAGCAGUCUUUUGGGCAGGUUUUUAGCUACUGUAAAGGCCCAUCCAAAAUACUUGAGUUGUAUUGCAAUCAGCUGUUUUUUCCUAGCUGCCAAGACUGUUGAGGAGGAUGAGAGAAUUCCAGUACUGAUGGUGUUGGCAAGAGACAGUUUCUGCGGUUGUUAUUCAUCAGAAAUUCUGAGGAUGGAGAGGAUUAUUCUGGAUAAGUUGAGUUGGGAUCUUCACACAGCUACACCAUUGGAUUUUCUUCACAUUUUCCAUGCCAUUGCAGUGUCAAGUAGGCCUCAGUUACUUUUCAGUUUGCCCAAACUGAGCCCCUCUCAACAUUUGGCAGUCCUUACCAAGCAACUCCUUCACUGCAUGGCCUGCAACCAACUUCUACAAUUCACAGGAUCCAUGCUUGCUCUGGCCAUGGUUAGUUUGGAAAUGGAGAAACUUAUUCCUGAGUGGCUUCCUCUUACAACUGAACUGCUUCAGAAAGCACAGAUGGAGCGCUCCCUGCUGAUCCACUGUCAGGAGCUUGUGGUGCAUCACCUUUCUUCUCUGCAGUCUUCCCUGCCUCUAAAUUCCGUUUAUGUCUACCGUCCCCUCAAGCACACCCUGGUGACCUGUGACAAAGGAGUGUUCAGAUUACGUCCCUCCUCUGUUGCAGGCCCAGAUAUAGAUUUCUCCAAGGACAACAGCAAACCGGAAGUGCCAGUCAGAGGUGCGGCAGCCUUCUGCCAUCAGCCGCCCGCUGCCCGUGGGUGCAAGCAUAACUCCGCUAAUGGCGAAGUGGAGGAGAUGGAAGUGGAUGACUUCUAUGAUGGACUCAAAUGGCUCUAUAAUGAAGAUAAUGCUUCGGAAAAUGUGGGUUCUGUAUGUGGCACUGAUUUAUCAAGGCGAGGGCAUGCUUCCCCUUGUCCACCUUUGCAGCCAGUUUCUGUCAUGUAG